CCGCACGUCAGAAGAACCGGUGGUAUAAAAGAAGUUCCUCUUGAUCAGCAGCAAUCAGUGGUCGGGCGUCUCUUGGUCCAAUAGGUUCUCCCUGCAAGCUGCUCUGCCGCCGCCGUCGCCAUGUUGAAACGACAGCUUCUGAUCGUCCUUUUGGUGAGCGUGUGCUUCUUUGGCGUCAUAUACGCCAAUAGCUGCGAACCUUCUUGUGUUGAUACAGCGUUCUUCGGAGCCAAGAAAUGUCUGCCAGCUGCCAGCAAGGUUGAAGACCCAAUGAACUGCACGCAAUACUACUACUGCCUGUCGAACUGUGAAGUUAUGCAACAUCCAGUGCCUUGUGAUGAAGGCUCUUUCGACCCUGUCGCUGGCGCUUGCGGUGGACCGGCGGAUUGCAAAGCCAGCUGCGAUCCUGGCAGUUGCCAUCUCACCUGCAACGGGACGCUCGACAUGAUCAGCGAUCCAAGCGACUGCGGCAAAUAUUACAUCUGCUUCCCGCACGGCGUGGAAGGGCCCUACAGUUGCCCAACCGAUUCGCCCUUUUUCGACGGAGAGACCUGUGUGGUUGAAGAUAGCGAGUGUUGCGAGGGAAGCUGCUUGCCUUUUUGCACGGCGGAAGGAGUGCAAAUUCCUGACCCCACCGACUGUACAAAGUAUUACAUCUGCGUUAUAGCAGGGGAAUUAGCAUCGGAAGAUCUUCAUUUCACUUGUGAUUCUGGCAAUUUCGACAUAUCUCUGGGGUAUUGUACAGACAGUGCAGAAUGUAAAGUUAUGUGUCCGGGCGGUGUCCCGGGAGAUGCCACAACCUCGGGCGGUAGCAGUGUCGCGUCCUCUACUCCAUCAGUCACGCCGACCGGCGAGUGCCAAGACUCUCUCACCUGCACUGGAGUUGGCAAUUUCGCCAAGUGCAUCACAUGCCAGCCCGAAUAUUUCCACUGCUCAGCCGCAGGACAGCCUGGAGUCAGCCAGGCGUGUUCGGGCGACCUAGUGUUCAACCCGGUCCCCAGUUUCCCGUACUGCGUUUUGCCUUCGAACUGCCCUUACACGCCACCGCUGUAGGACGGAUCCCGCGUCUCUUUGCUGACCUUUUGUUCUUGGACAUGGAAAGCCUUUGGGAAGUACUCGACAUAACAAAUAAGAAAAUUGUUGAUUAUCAGAUAUGAAAACAAUUUAAUAAUUAAAGUUGAUUUACCACGUAAUUUUGUAACAAUUAUUUAAACUGAAAUAAACAUAGCACAUCC